UAGGAAACUGUGGAGGUAUAAAAUGACGCCUUUGUUCUGCUAUUGAUUACUUCAGUCUGGAUGGAUGGAUGGAUGAAGGCGUGUUUCCACGUUUUGGAGUGGUUUUUUCCAUCUCUGGCUUUCGUUUGAGUUGCUGUUUGUACAAUACGGAAACAGUGUGCAGGAAGUGAAUGUAGGAUACAAUGUACGACGUUGUACACUUAUAAUAUGUAGCUGCUCCUAUCGAAAUCCCUUAUAAAAGCGCACGUAUAGAGCACAGGAAGCCAUUUGCGAUUUGGCCCAUGUCUCAUUAAGCAGUGAAACCAUGGAUUUGGGCAUCAUGAGGUCCUCAGACCUCAUCAAGAAGGAGCGUCUGGAUUACGGCGGAUUCGGGGAGGUGUUUCUGUGUUACCACAUAACACUGGGACAUGUGGUGCAGAAAAGAGUUUACACCGGACCACCUCGUAAAGAGCAGAGGUCGUCUCUGCUGGAGGAAGGCAGUCUGAUGAGCAGGUUGAAACACGAGCGCGUGGUCAAGCUGCUGGGGGUCAUCCUGGAGGACGGAGAUUACUCCCUGGUCAUGGAGCUCAUUCCUAAAGGCAACCUGCUGGCCAUGCUGCAGAAAGUGAGCGUUCCAGUGUCCAUUAAAGGAAGGAUAAUUCUGGAGAUCCUGGAGGGAAUGGUUUAUCUAACAGACAACCACGUGAUCCACAAGGAUCUGAAACCGGAAAACGUCCUGGUCGACGAACGUUUCCAUAUAAAGAUUGCAGACCUCGGGCUUGCCACGUGUCAGACGUGGAGUCGUCUGACGAGGGAGGAGUCACGCAGACAGAGUCGGGGAGGAAAGAAGUCGUGUGUGGUGGCCGCCGGGACGCUGUGCUACAUGGCUCCCGAACACCUGGAAAGCAUCAACACUCGCUCCACGGAAAAGUCGGACGUUUACAGCUUCGCCAUUGUAGUGUGGGUUAUUCUGACCCGCCAGGAGCCUUAUGAGAAUGCUCUUAGUCAAGACCACAUCUGUCAGUGUGUACGUAAAGGAGACCGUCCAGACGAGGGCCUUAUUCCGAACGAUUCUCCAGAACAGAUCAUCUCUUUAAUGAAAAAAUGUUGGGGGCAUGACCCUCAGAAACGACCCCGCUUUAAAGAGAGCUACGACAACUUUCUACCUUUCUAUAAGCAGGACCUGGAAAAACAUGUUGAGCGGGAUUUAAAAGCCCUUAACGAUUCAUAUGAAGGUCCACCAGAGCUGCUGGAGAAGUUAAAAACCCUGUCGACAGAGCCAGGAGUCACAACCACAGGAUUGGAGGCUCCAUCUUUUCCACAACGCUCUGGUGACUCUCCUACCCCUCUGAGGAGUUCAGACCUGGGGCCAGUGGAAGCCAGCUUGGAGGACCUGAGCUUAAUGACCUCCGGUUCCUUUCAAGUGGACGCGGUUCCCGAUCAGUCCUCCACCCCUUUGGACCUGGAGCAGAAACUGGACCAAGAGUUCAACUACCACAAAUGCGGCAGCUACAUCCCCGAGCCUCAGCCCAACCUCCCCUCUGCCCAUAGCGCCAAUCCACUCUUGCAGGCUGCACCACCUUCUAACUGGUUACCAGAUGUUCCUCAGCAGGUGUCCUCAGUGCAGUCUUGGUCCAAACCUAACCCGUAUCCUCAAGAGUCUGGGUUCAGGCCGGAUUAUGACACCCAAAUAUCAGUGCCGCCUUCACAUUGCACACCGUACCAACAGUCGAAACCUUUGGAACGCCUGCAGUCCUGGCCUUCUGACCUCUCUGCAACAGGGUUUUCUCCUCAGACAGAAACAGGCGGAUCGGUGUACAUCACUCAGGCCAGCGGGAUUCAGAUCGACAACAACACCAUGAAUUUCCGCAGUAUUGACGGUUCGUCCGUCAGCUCUCAGUUCAGCACUUUGUCCUCCAACUCGAAGUAUAAAGAUUUACUGAUGAAGUAUGAGGACCAUGGUGUAACCGAUGAACAUCUGGAGCUGAUUCGAAAGAACAUAGGCGCCAAAUGGAAAGCCUGCGCCCGAAAGCUGGGCCUCACCGAGGUGGAGAUCGACGCCAUCGAACACGACUACGCACGCGACGGCCUGGCCGAGAAGGUCCACCAGAUGCUGGAGCGCUGGAAAAUGAAGGAAGGUCUUCAAGGCUGCACGGUCGGGAAACUGUGCCGCAGCCUGGAGCAGUACGUUAAAGCAGACGUGCUUAUCGAUCUGCUGCACAAGUCUCAGGACUUCACCUCGCUUUCAAACGCCAGCGCUAUGAGCCUCUUCUAACGUUAUGUAAUCCUGGUGAAUUUUAAAUGCAAUGGGAUUUUUUUUUUUUUUCCACAUUUUAUAUUACCAAUUUUUCAUGAUUCACAGAUAAACCAGCUGAUGUAUAGACACAAUUAAUUGUAUGUUAUUUUGCUGAAAUAUAAGAGAUGAAAAAUGAUUGUCAUUUACAUUUUUAAUCAUUUGCCUAAAAGAAAAAUAUGAUAUAAAUAAUCAAUUUGAUGAUCAUUUUUGAAUCAUGAAAAUCAGUCAAAUACCAAAAAACAAUCCCAAGUCAUCACCGUUCUCAAAAUGGCUAAAAAAUUACUGUACAAAUGUAACACAAUAUUUUAUAAUGCUGAAAUCCUUAAAUAGCAUUUUAUACAAGGCUCAGACUAGAACUGGACAAACGUUUGUGGACACCAGAGCGUAAGAUUUGUGCUUUUUUGUUGAACAUUCCACAUUUUGGAUAUCUUGUGGUGGUUCACAUUCAUCCUUAAAAGGGUUGAGAUCAAAGCUCUAAAAACAUAUCUUCCACAUCAUCCAACCCAUGUUAAGCAUAUCUUCAUGGAGCUGGUUUUGAAAAGGUUUGGGUCCUCUAGUUGAAUUGAAGGAAAAGUUUCUUGCUGCCACGUCCAAAGACGUCCAACUUUGCGGUAACGGUUUGUUGAAGAACCGCAUCUGGCUGAAAAAGUUGUGUCCCAAUACUUUUGGCAUUAUAGCGUACGAAGUGUACGAUCAUUUGAAGUGAAAAGUUUGUAGGACGCCUACAGCGUAGCAUUUUUUUUUUAAGGGUUCUUGGAUGUUCCUCUAAAUGGUUCUGAUUUACUGUUUUGCCAAAAUAUUUGAGGCAAAAUGCUGAAACAUCUGUCUGUUUCUUGCUGUUUAUUCUGGUUCUAAAUGUGAACCCGAAAUUUGAACAAUUUCUCACGUUGUUUCCGUUUCGGUUUUCCACAGUAGUCGAAUCGCCGUCGGAAAACUCCGAAUGAAUUUUUUUUUUUAUAGCUAAUGGUUGUGAUGUGAAUGAGGUUUUUGACUGUUUUCCCAGGGGUCUGUUUUUACAUUUAAUUCAUUGAGGGUCAAUGUGAUCUAUUGGGUGAAGAAUCAGGAACAUAAUUUACAUGUUCAUAAUGUUCAGGAAACACACCAACGUUUUUUUUCAUCUACCAGAGCGUGAGUGAGGAGGCUCGGGAGGCUCCGAUUCCAUCUUAUCCCAAAGGUUUUCUCAGGGAUUUUUUUUUACUUCUUCAACCUUGUCUACAUGAAGUUAUACAUUGUGUGAGGAACAUUUCGAUCCUGGAACGGUGUCCGAGCCUCGUAGUUUCUAUUGCUACAGCAUAUUUUAUUUUUAUUCAAGUGUUUGAGGUAGAAACCAUCGAUUAGGUGUGAUCUUCAGGUGUCCAUAUACUUUUAGAUCCACACAUGCUUUAUAGUGUAAGAAUGAAUGGAUUAUAUGAAUGUUUCUGUUGAAGGCUUUCUUGGGAACAUUGCAUGCCGAUGUGAGCAGUAACGUGUUUCUUCUCGGAAAAAUGCUGACAAUGUAAAGGACAUUUUAUAUAUAUUAUAAUAAAGAGCUUGAAAUGAGA